AUGGGCUCGGUUCCGGAGAGCGUCCCUGCCGUCAGGGUCUUUAUCGCUGGUGGCUCCUAUGCUGGGCUGUCUGCGGCUGUCAAUCUUCUCGAUUUGGGGAAUGGCUUGUCGCCGCGCAUGUCGAACGAGCCCUAUGCGCACCAUCCUAGCGUGCCCAAGGUGAACUUUGAGAUCACCAUUGCUGACGAGCGAGAUGGAUACUACCACUUGAUCGGCUCGCCGCUGGCUCUGGCUGAUGCCGACUACGCAAAGAAAGCCUGGGUCCGGUUCCAAGAUAUUCCCGGCCUGCAGCUCCCCAAUGUCAAGUUCGUUCAAGGCUCCGUAUCGAGCGUCGACUGCGCCGCCAAGACCGCGACCGUCAUCGACGGAACCACCAAGGAGGCCGUCACGCACCCGUACGACUACUUUGUCACUGCUACCGGCCUGCGGAGGGUGUGGCCCGUGGUGCCCCAGGCUUUGACCCAGAAGCAAUAUCUCGUCGAGGCCGAGACCCAGAUCAAGGCCCUCGACAAUGCGAAGGAUGGCGUCGUCGUCGUCGGUGGAGGUGCCGUUGGCAUUGAGAUGGCGGCCGAGCUGAAGCACGUGAAGCCUCAUCUCAAAGUCACCCUGGUGCACUCGCGGGACAGGCUCAUGUCCUCGGAGCCGCUGCCCGACGACUGCAGGGAUAAAGCGCUGGAGAUGGUCAAGGAGACUGGCGUCGAGGUGUUGCUGGACCAUCGCCUGGCCAGCUCCACCAAGGUUGACAGCCCGGAUGGCUCGUCAAAGUACGAGGUCCAGUUCACCAAUGGACACAAGAUGACUGCCAGCGUGGUCAUCAUGGCUCUUUCCAACAGCACCUCGACGGCUUCAUAUCUCCCUUCAUCAGCUACCGACCCCGAAGGCUACGUCAAGAUCGUGUCCAACAUGAGCUUCGAACCCAACAGCGUCCCCAACGCCUCGUCGCACUUUUGCGCCGGCGAUGUAGCCAAGUGGUCCGGCAUCAAGCGCUGCGGCGCGGCCAUGCACGGCGGGCACUACAUUGCGCACAACAUCCACCAGAGCGUGCUGCAGCAGCAGGACCCGCGGCACGAGCCCCGGUUCCAGCACCUGCAGGAGAUUCCGCCGAUGAUUGGGCUGGCCGUGGGGAAGAAUGCGGUUGCGUACAGUCCGGACGGGGGGCUGAGUUCGGGGCCGGAGGUUAUGCAGGCGUAUUUCAGGGAUGAUUUGGGCUGGGCGAUCUGCUGGGAGUACAUGCAGUUGGGUGGCCGCAAGCCAGAGGUCAAGCUUCAGGAGGCUGCUGCGUGA